GAAAUUCUUGCUCGAUUAGCUGAGAUGCCAGUCCCUUUUACGAUGAAAGAGCAGCCUUGGAACCUCCACAACUGAGUUCUGAGUAACAACGACACUGAGGAGCCCGGAAAGACCUAUUUUAUUCUCUUGAACAAUAACAAACUGGGCUUUUUCUCAAUGGAAAUGGGAUAGAGCUUCACUAACCUUGAAACCCUCCCGCAACAUGGGGAUUCCUCGCCUCAUACCUACCCUAGAGCCAUACGUUGUUCAUGGACUCCUCAACAAUGAACACGUAGUCAUCGAUGGACCAGCAUUAGCGUAUCAUAUUUUGUACAUCUGCAACAGACAUGGUAUUCCUCAGCCGUCAUACAAACUUCUCGGUGAGACCGCUGUAGCAUGGUUGGAUGAACUCACUCGGCGUGGUGUAGGCAUCGACGCCAUAUACUUUGACGGAUAUCUACCACAAGGAAAAGAACCCGUUCGCAUGCAGCGCAUGAUCAAAAGUCUCAAUCAAUUGAAGGUCUCACAUUCAUCUGAAACCAAUGGUUUCUUCCCAUCGUACUUCUCGGCUGCCAAUGAGAUUGCUCCAGUCCUCUUCACUGCAGUUAAACCACCAGGAAAACCGGCAUUGCCACCCAGUUUUCAUGUCCCUGCUAUCAUUGAUGCCUUGAGGUCUUCGCCACGCUACACAAAGAUAGUGAUUCUUGUUCCGGGCGAGGCGGAUGCAUACUGCGCACAGCAUUUGUCGCAAUCGGGCGGGACGGUUCUCACCUCCGACUCGGAUCUUUUGGUUCAUGAUCUGGGCAAGGGAAGCGUCGUCUUUCUUCGCGACAUUUAUCUUGAUGAUCAGUCCAAUCUCGCAUGCGCAAGCUUUUGUCCUUCCCACAUCUGCGAGAAACUUAAGCUUGCGUCUUCUGCUGAGAUGUGCCGACUUGCUUACGAACGAAAACGGUCUGCCCAUUCGACACUUCCACAACUCUUGCAGAAGUGUGCACAACCAACCACCGACCAAACGGGUUACACUGAGUUCUGUCACGAGUAUCUAGACCAUGUAGUUGCACCAAUUCCCACCUCAACAUGCGGAACAGUAAUAGAGAUCGGUUCACUGGACCCCAGAAUAUCGGAGAUGGUAUUGCAACUGGGACCCCAGAGUGGCCACAUGCACACUACAAGCGACCCCAAGAUGUUUCUUCCUAUUCUGUUAGAGAGUCCUUCGCGGGGAAGUGCCUGGGAACAGAGCACGUCAAUUCGACAGUUGGCUUACACAGUAGCCCGAUGGAUCAUUCCUGGUGCUUUUUCAACUGUUCAGGAGUACCGGAGGGUCAACACUCUGGUGCAAAAAGGGCGACAGGUUCCUAUGCUACCCCAAAAAGAAGCGAAAGCUUGGUCUCAAGAGUUGGUCAGACUGAUGACUAUGAUCAGAGCAGGAACACAAGUCGACAUAACUCGGGCUUGGUACAUCCUGUGCCUGACCCUUGAUAUACGAUAUAGCCAUGAAGAUGGCAAGCAUUCACAUUCACUGCAGAUUUUGGAAGAGAGUUUACAAGCCCCAACUUUUAGGAAAAUUACUUGGGAUACUCUUCACUUUGUUGCUCAUCUUCAAGCUGCUUUUUAUUCGUUUCGACUCUUGAAGCAAAUCAUCUCACUUGGGCAGCUUCAAAGAACCCUACCAGAUCUAAACGACAUGCUGUCGUCAUUACCACCUCUGGCGGAGUUUCCUGAUGUGGAGAGAACCAUUGUAUUUCUGCAAAGAAGCAAUGAGGACCGGAUUUACAAGAAAAUUUCUAGGCUUGUCCCAUUGCCAAAUGCCAACAUGGACGCAAAGCCAAAAAGAACUGCCAAAGACAAGAAAAAGCGAAAGGUGGGUAAAGAUGAUGCCCCCAAAAGGCAGAACAACUCUGCCAAGUCUUCGUCAAGAAACUUCUUUGAUGUGCUGUCUCAAUAAAGUUAAGCAUCAAAAAUCACAAUGCAUACCGAUACCAAGAUCAAAAGAAGCUUACUACUCUUGUGUAAUUUGUUACAUGGUGAAUAUCGUACCGACAAUAAAUCCCACCAAGCCUAGCCAUUAUCAAAGACUCAAAUAUUGAGCCACACGAUUACGUCUCGUUGCGCCACCACCGAUCCUGACCCUGACCCGUCCGUAACUUCGUACAUCGUCUCAACAUCAUAAUUAUACAAUCAAGUGUUCCGGGAUCGACCCGCUCCAUGAAUCUCAUCCAGGAGGCGAGACAAAGGACUGCCUUCUUCCUCUACGUCGGCCACAUCCCGGAGUAAGCUUUCCUGGGGACUGCCAUUGCCAGCCGACUUGAUAAUCUUCCACGCCCGACGGAACUCAUCGCGAAUUGACACAAUACCGUUGUGUGUGACAGUUCGAGCAACGUUGUGAUCCAGCUCGAAGGGGUCUUCGAUAGCAAAGAGAUAGCGGUGACGGACUUCCUUGAAUUCUCCAUUCUUACCUGUGACGCUGCCUUGCGUGCCCUGCUUGGGCUGUGCUCCUGUAUCCUUUACAUCACUCUCCUUAGGAUGCACUGUCGUGGAAGUCGCUUGGUCGGACUGAGGUGGCGGAUGAGGCCCAACAUUUUGAGCCUCGAUGACUGUUUUGGCGCCAGUCCAACCCUUGUCUUGCUUUGUCUGCAAACCACCUGGGGUCCGCAAACUGAGCACAUCUCUUCCCCAGUCAAAUCCUCUGCCCAUGGAAGUGCUGAGCAUACUGCUAUGGGCAUAAUACUCGAAGAAGCCACGCAGGAGGUGGCCAAUGGUGUCUUUGUUACCAUUUAGCUGGUUCGCACGUGCCAGAUUCAGGAUUUCCUCUUCGUUACGCCAAAACUGAACGUUGUGGCCACGGCACAUAACCAUAUCCUCGAAUUCAACAGGCGAGAGCCCUGGGGGCGGAGGAGGAGCGAGCUGCUGGAGAUUUGGGCUAACAAAGGGCUCAGCGACGUUGACUAGAUAAUGAAGGACCAUCAAAACGUAGCCAUAGCUGCUAAGGGUUCCGCGAUAUCCCGAGUUGAUCCCACGAGUCUUCGCCCAAUGCUUGACGAACAAGACCAUGGGCCGAACGCGCGGAUCGGUGUGAGAGUAACAUCGUAGGAGAGCCGUGUUGUGAAGAGCCAAAUGGGCGGAGAAGUUGAUGUCACAUUGCACACCUGCGCCUGUCUUGGGAAACUCUAAAUGAUCUCUGUAUCGAUCGCGUGGCUGGUUCGGAGCCAUCUUGUGAGGGUCUGGAAGUUGUCGGAUUCUCGCCACAAGGUCUACCGUUGUUGGUGUGAGGGGAAUGAAGAACCCAUCGCCAAGCCUCAGGCGAUCAUUUUGUUGUAAAGGUGACCGCAGCAGCGUGAUAUAGUCCAUAACAUCCUGGACGACGGACUCAUCGUAGGAAUCCUUAUCUAAUGCUCGUUCAAAUUCCCACGCUAAAUGGAUGCAUUUGUGUAAGAGUCCGACUCCUCUGAGCGACAGGGACUCAGAACAUGUGGUUAUGCAUGACUGUAACAUCUUUUGAAUCUCCUCCUGAUGGAUACCGCUGACAUAUUGAGUAACAAGCAUACUCGUCCACUUUGAGAUGGCUUGUUCAUUAGCUGGCUUUAGUCCGUUAAAAAUAUAGAGUGCCCUCGUAUAGUAUGACAUAGGCGCCUCAUGCUGACCCUGUUCCAAAACCACAAAUUGCACGGAAGGGGCCCUUUUGAGCUUGUCAAGGGCCAAUUGAAGUUCUUUAGUGAAAAAAAUGGGAUCGGUACCAAAGGUUUCUCUGUAUUGAGCGUCCUCCCACACCUUCAAGGCCUGCCCAGUCAAUGAUUGAGAAGCCGGGUUACGCUCUUCGACACCACUCUCCUCCCAGCGCUGCCGAAUAUGUUCGCCUUCGACCUGGGUGUAUACCCCAAGCAAAGAUCGUUUGGUGGGAGUGUCUGCAUUUUGCACAAAGGAGAGAGACGGGUACGUGGACAGGCGAUCACGAAGACGAGUAUCCGCAAGACCGCUGAUGAAGGCCUCGCUCACUCUGUUCAAUAGAAUCCAAUCUUCAUCCGAGAGUACGCGACAAUUAGAGAUGGUAGCAUCACGGCCACCGGCCCUACGAAGAACUCGCUUGGCCAAGCCAUAGUACGAGGAGAGAGAACUUCUGGGACCUUGCUUAAGUUCAAUUGUUUUCGUGCCGACUUGGAUGGAAUCCUGUGAUACGGGCUCAACAACGGUUGUGGGACUGUUUUGAAUCCCUGCAAGGGGGUCUUGCUGACUUUCAUGCUCAUUGUUUGCUGCUUGUGGAUCGUGUUCAUCAUCUUCCUGACCUUCCGGGGCUUCAUCAAGGCCAUUCUCCCAUCGAAAUCUCUCCUCAAGAAGUCCUUGCCGAAGAUUUUCCGGCGGGGACUGGCAUAGCUUGAUGAUGGGGACUCUAGUUCGGGUCAGAAGCCUCGCCCCUAGACCAGCUUCCAAGAAUGCCUUCUCUAGGAGACGCGGUAUAGGAGAUCCUGGAGCAUCAGGCUGGGAGGCAGACAUUGGUGAAAGAAGACCAAGAUCCAUGUCUGAGGCCUUGGUUGCGAAGCCUGAAGACAGACUGCCAAAGCAUUUCAGCUGAACUGUGAGGGGUUGAAAGUCUGUUUCUGGCCUUUCCUCCUUCUCAUAGUUGGCGAUGACCUCUCGACUAAUGGUUUCAAUCCUGCAACGGAAUUCCUCCUUUUCUGCUAUUUCCGACCUUUCGAUUUCAGAAUUGGAAACGACUUGAAAACAAAGUUGAUCAAGCAGAGCAUCCUGAGCUGCAAUUUCCUCGGGAUGGAACUGAACUGCGCGUCUGGUGUUGUACAAGUAACCAGAACUCCGGUUCGAUUGGAUUGGCAUAGAGUUAGGGCGGCCUCGAGAGGAGGGAGGAGUAUUAUCAUAGCCUCGAUACCUAGGCUGCUGAGGGCCAUUCCAGUGGCGAUGGGAAAACGAGCCACUUUGACGAUUUUCGCUAGGAGCUCCCCAUGGCUGAGUGUCAGUAUGCAUGUGACGUUGAUAAGGCUGAGAGGGGCGGGAGUAUUGAGAUGUCGGACUUUGGUAAGCUCUAUCUGGGGGAGGUUGCUGGGCCCGAGGAUCAAUAGAUAUGGAUAGUUGAGAGCUCAUUUGGCGUCUUUGUGCCUGGUUUAGCCGCUUCCGUGCAGGCUUGGACUGAUGAGGGGCACCGUCGGACGUUUCAACAGAAUCACCCCUGUUAUCUGAGUUGCUCUGAGAUAGUGGAGCUGACUGCAGAGAAGCCCUGGGCACAGAAUCGUGUAAUGGUGGGCCAUUAGAGAUGAUCAGAUUGCGCAAGUGAUUCUCAAGGCCUGCUUGGGAGUCACCAGGGGCCUCCACCUGAGGCUCACGCCGAUGAGGAACCAUUUGUGACUCGAGAAAAAUAAUAUGUGAUAGAGCAACGGAAUUGGUCUUGCCGUUAAGCUCCGUGCGAUAGAACUCUUUGUUGUAAGAAUGUCGACCAGGGUGUGAAUAGUUGCAUCCCGCUCAGCGAACACUAUCCCAACAUUCGCUUCCGUAAAGAACACUUUCUUGCGUGAUAAGGCGCAUCAAGCCUAACGCGCGGUAGACUCGAUGGAUGCAACAACUCCAAUUCAGUUCUGCGCUUUCUUUCAACUGGAUGAAGGGAGGGGUCCUGGCAGGCAAAGAUGUGUAGAUGCUUUGGCCUCGUCUCACCAACACGGAUGAACAAAGGAACGGACGAAGUGGGAAGCUAGAGAGAUUAAUGGAUUGGGUGCACAAUUGUUCGUUGGGGGCCGUGACUGCGGCAAUGAAGUCGUACAGGUGUGAUGUUGAAAUGUGCUGGGCGUGGUUGGAGCUGCUG